GUAUCAGUCUGUGCCGGUCAUUGGAUCUGAAAUGAGCACAUUUUAAAGCAGGAAAAACCGAUGAGAUCAACUGUGCUGGACACGGAGGGUCAUACAAAGCACAAAACAAAGAGAUGCCGAUUAUGACUGUCAGUUAACCAGGCAGGCUACGGCUCACUAGCAUCGACGUUAGCUCGAAGCUGGCAGUUUGUACAGACUGGGGAUGGCCACGAAGCUGAAUGGAAGAGAGGAGCGGAUUCCACGUAAGGACGUUGUUUGGCGUCGGACACCUGCGACGGACUGGAGAGAAAGUCCAGCGGUGGAGUGUGGAAUCUCCGGCUGCCAGAUCAGUUCUCCUCUGGGUGCUGAGCAGAGCUUUUUUUCAUCAUGAACACAGACAAACAUCCAGAAUUUGCAUCCUCAGAGGGAGACGGGACGGAGUGUCUGAAUGCUUGUGCUGAUGUUGCAGACAUGAAGCCAAAGGAGGAGGAAAAAGAGAAGGAGGAUAACUCAUUCAGUGAGAAUGGAAUUCAGUGUGCUGAAGGUGUCACAGAUCCACGUGUGAUGAAAACCGAAGCAGAGGAGGUGGAAGAACGUGAGAUGGUUCCCAAAGAGGAAGCAAAGGGAGGCAGCGAGGAUGGCAUGGAGGAGGGAUUCGACGAGGAGAGGAUGGAGGACGACAACGAUGAUGGGGAUGAAGAGGGAGAAACCCUGAACGAGCCGCAGGACCUGUCGCUGGUGGACUACUCUCGUUAUGACAGCGCUGCCCUGACAGACGCCCACACAGCAGCGACGGAGGCCCCUCGCAUCCAGACACCAGGCAAACUCAACUGUGACAUCUGUGGCCUGUCCUGCAUCAGCAUUAACGUACUGCUAGUGCACAAGCGCAGCCACACGGGUGAGAGGCCAUUCCACUGCAGUCAGUGCGGGGCCUCCUUUACCCAGAAGGGAAACCUGCUUCGCCACAUCAAACUGCACUCCGGGGAGAAGCCUUUCAAAUGCCCGAUGUGUAGCUAUGCCUGCCGCCGACGCGACGCUCUGAGCGGGCACCUGCGCACCCAUUCUGUGGAGAAGCCCUUCAAGUGCAACUAUUGCAGCCGCAGCUACAAGCAGCGCAGCUCACUCGAAGAGCACCGAGAGAGAUGCCAUGUGUACAUUCAGAGCAAAGGUCCCACCGACAGAGAGGACAGCCACAUAACCACGGCUCAGAUGGGCACCGAGCGGGCGCUGCUGCUCAACCGGCUCGCCAGCAACGUCGCCAAACGAAAGAGUUCAAUGCCGCAGAAGUUCACCGGCGACAACGGCAUCUGCCUGGAUCUGAGCUUCAACAGGGAGCAGGUCCACCCGGCUGAUGUCAAGGAGCCUCCGCCGACGGGCUCCCCGGGGCCCGACGCCCACCACCAGCAGCAGCCCAUCCUCACAAAUGGCGACCCGCCUCCCUCCCAACGGUCCUACCCGAUCCCGUUAAGCCACAGCCCCAUGAGCCUCACCAACGGCCACAAGAUGGGCAUGCCACUCCUGGGUCUCCCCCCCGCCACCCAACCCCCCCUCAGCAUGGACUCCUUUCACGCCGACGGCUCUCAGAUGCCCGUCAUGUACAGCUUAGGGCACCUGGCGGGGGGAAUGAACCACCAGAACGGCGUUCCUCACCCGCAGCCCAUCCCCCUGCCGCCUCUGGAGGCUUUGAGGGUGAUGCGGGGUGACGGGGAGGCGGGGGGGCUGCUGGGCGCCGUGUAUCCCUGCGGACACUGCAGGGUGAUCUUCCUGGACUACGUCAUGUUCACCAUCCACAUGGGCUGCCACGGCUUCCGCGACCCGCUGGAGUGCAAUGUUUGCGGCCACCGCAGCCGGGACCGUUACGAGUUCUCUUCCCACAUAGCCCGCGGCGAGCACCGCCUAGAACUGAAGUAGACAUUCACGCUUACACUCACACAAAAACUCAGGCAGUACACACAGUUGUACUCAUAUAAGUAGUAUCAGGGAUGAAAGCAUGAAGUAGCAGCGGUCUCUCUCUGCGUCUUCAGUGUGUGUUUGUAAGGAAGGCGUUAUAAAAGUGAGGCGGGUAUCUGAGUGUUAUUAGUCAUAUUGUACUCAUCUGAAAAGAUGGCCUGUAAAGUGUUGAUGCAGGAGUAAUUCUACUUCUUUUUCAUGCAUAUGUAUAUAUGUAUGUAUAUAGCUUUGUACUUGCUAUGUUUGUAUCACAAAGCCACAUAUUCAGUCAAAUGUUCAACAAAAUAGCAGAAAACAUUUGCUGUGUAUCUACCGCUUUUUUAUCUAAGGUGUAAAGGUGUAAAAACAAACCCUCCCUUGCGAGAGGUUUAGCUUCUCUGAAAAACACUUGCCAAUUCAAGACUGUAGAACAAAAAAAAAGAAGAAGAAGAAAAAAAUCCUAUUAUCUAGAAGGUCACAUGCCUCUUUUUAGGCUGUGGUUUUCAGAGAAGUCAUGGCUUCAAAAGACGCCACUUCACUCUGCACACUGCGCUGGUUUCACACUCCAGAAUAUUAUGCUCACUUACUGUUGCCACAUAUCACUGUAGAAAUGCAUGACCGUUUUUCGGCAGACAUGUAAGUGUAGGUGAGCACAAAAAUGCAAUAUAUUUAGGAAGAACAGAGACAAAUGGGAUGCAAAUAUAAGUAAAGUUCAGGUCAAAGCUGUUAUAUGACAUUAAACCCUCCUACCAACAUGUUUAGCAGACAAAGAAAUAAACUGCUAUAAGAAACAGACAUCAGAGCAAAAAUGUCCUCUUAAAGCCAAACAAAAAGUGUUAUUGCUAGUUUAGGAAACGUAUAAAUAAUUUGCAUAUUGUGUAAAACAGAAAUGUGGUUUGAUUUUAAAACUUAUUUAUCGUCCUUUGAGUCUGGCACCAUUUUCAGUAAUUUCAAGCCAACAUAACUUGUCUUGUGAUCUCAAAGUUUUUCCAAAUCUGGCCAAUCUUUAUCUUUGAUAUCAUCCACAUUGUAACAAUUUAUGGUAGGUUUAUUAAAGCCAAACACAUCUUGGAGUUCUGAGAAACAGAACUAACCUCGUCAGAUCUUUCUCCUUCCAUACUCCUCCUUCUCGCCCACUUUGUCUGCAGCAUCAGACAUGGUGGUACUUUUUCUCACACUCACAAUAUAUCCUGAUCUCACUCUGAAAACAUAUUAAUCAGAUGCGUAACCCUUUUUAAUAGAACAUAAGCAUGUAAUUUGAGUGCCAGAAAAUUUUGUAUUAAUUUAUGGAUUGUAUUUUGCUCCAUUGUUGGAUGUACAGGUUUAAGGUUGUCAGCAGAGUGAAUCUGUAUGUCUCCUUAGAAAUGAGUUACCUUGCUGUACCUGAGAGUGUGUAAAACCUUAAAUUAGAACUGAACUCAACAAGUAGUUCAAUCUUAUUGCUGCACAGGCAGAAUUGGGUGCUUGUGACACUGAUACAUUUAAAAUGCACAAAUUAAAGCAGAAACAGAGAAGAAUGAUAUGAAGUCAUUAGGAACACCACGACUGACUUGGAAAUUGUACAUUCUGGGGACUGUCUCUCUUAAUUUCUUAACAGGAAUUAGAGCUCACUGUUUCUUCCUCUUAUGCUGUGAAUAGAAACGUCAGUGGACCUCUUUUCACACCAGCAUCCACCUGCUGGAAGAAGUUUCAAACUGCAUAACAGUGGAUUUUUAUGCUGUAGGAAAUUGUUUGUUAAACCCAAAACCCGCCAGCAGCUUUGAAAGGCAUGUUGUCUUCUUAAAAAAAUCGCUACAAUUACACCACCUAUUAGAGCCAGAAACUCUAAAGACAGAAAGAAUCUGCGGAUUUUCCACUUUUCUACGGUCCUUGAAAUACUCAUCUGUGAUGUGCGCUUCCAUCAGAAACCUUGUGUUGAAAAUUGUAAAAAUCUAAGCUUAAAAUCGUGAUAUUUCAUCAAAAUCACUUCAUUUUUCAUGUCUCAUCUAAACAUUCACUAAAAAUCAUCUAUAGUAUGUAGAGCUACUAUUUCUCUAGUAUUUGUAACACCUGUGGGCAAUUGGAAAAAUGUUGUAUAUUGAUUCUUUUUUUUUUUAUUUUUGUAAAAUAAAUAGUUCAAACAAAUCAGUUUUUUGUAUAACUUAUGGCAUUUUAACUGUGUUGUACUGCUUUUUUCCCCAUUUUUGACACAGUUUUUUUAUGAUUUAUGCCAUUUCAACUGGGUCAGGCUGCUCAGAAGACUUUUCUGAGCUCUUUCUCCUUGCAGUCAACAGCACAACUGUACAGUGAAAAAUUAGCCCACAGUGAGUAAAAAUGUUAGAAGAGCAAAGAAAGAAACACCUACUUGGGGUGCGAAGGGUUAAAAAUAAAGUGCAGGAUGACUGUCAGGUGAAAUGAACAAUGGCUUGAUGUCAUCAUUAUUUCUCUAGCUGGAAAACAGAAGAAUGAGAGAUUAUGCAAAAUGGUUUUGAUCAGUAGUUUCACUCCUCCCACCUAACUUUCACAUCACCCAUAGAAUGGAUCGUAAUAGAUUCUGCAUACCAGUAAAAAUCCAGAUAUGGGAAUUUAUCUGUGUGACGGAGAAAUCAAGGGUUUGUGGGAAUUUCUGAACUCUGCCGACGGCUAAAUCUGCCUCCUCUGAGCGCAUCGGGGGAAGUUUUGCUGUGAAGUUUUCUGACUAGCUGCUCAGUUAGUUAUUAUGAGUGGAUGCGCUUCGCCCACAGUGCAGGGACGAUGGUUACGCGCUGCUGCCUUCACACAGAGGAGGGUGUUUCAGCUCCAUCCAGCUGCCACCACGCUAUCGGUCCUCUCCAUCAGCCCCAGUUCCCUUUUCUGUCUCUUUGGGUUUGAACAGAAGUGACACUUGUUAGGCAAACUGUCAUCGCAGCUUCAUGUGUGAAGUUAAAAAGCCCAGUCAUCCAUCUCAAGUGUGCUUCUUCUUUUUCCAACUUUAAGAGCAGCUUGAUGAUUUCAAGUAAAACUUUUAGCUGAAAUCGAAGUCGGUGAUAAAAAUGCUGAGGAUAUUCUCUGAUUUGUCACUUCUGAGCUCAAGAGAAACUUGCAGAGGAGUCGUAAUUGGGACUAGAAAGAUGUUUCUGAAGUCCUGUUUCCAUCAAAAACAAAACACCCUCCCAGACAGUUUACUCAGUCAGACUAGACAGGAGUCAUAAAGUGUCUGUGACGCAAGUCCAGUCAGAAUGAGAUGCUUCUGGUGACAUCUGCUGACUGAACAACAGUCUACAUGACAGCCAGACAUCAGAAUGAAAUCUGUAGUGAUGUAAUUUAACUGGAAAGAAUCAAUAAAGUUUGAGCUGGAGUCAUAAAACCAGCAUCAGGGACACAAACUGGAUUUAAAUGCCAUGUUUUACUGCAUCUAGAGAUGAUUUAAUGUACAAAAAAAGAUAUUUGUGGAUAGAUGACAUGAAGCAUAGAGCUUCCUUAGUUUAUUACUUCCAGAAAAGAUAUUUUUUGCUGUUGUUGUUGUUGUUGUUGUUGAUGAUUUAAUUAUUGGCAUCAAAGGUUUUCCAGAAGGAAUUUCUCUUUUUAUUGUUCCAGAAAUCAGAAAAUACUGUCAGCAGCCAGAAAACAAAAUGAACUUUCAUCAUGUUUUUAGGAAUAAAAUAUUCUAUAAAUGAAGGUGUGAACGAUAUAUGAACAAACCACCCUUCAGAAUAUAAACAAGAAUAAAACUAUGAAGUUUGGUGAAGAUUUCUGACUCAGAAGAAAAACAAAACUGAGAAAAUAACAUUUAACUUUUAAGUGACCAUGAUGCUUCAGCAACAAACACUAUAGAGUGGGGUAAUUUAUGUUUCAUUAUAUUUGAUGAAAGAAUACUUACCUAUACUGCUUAUUUUGUCUGUGGCAAUUCUUAUGUAAAUAAUUUAUGGUUUCUCAGAUCUUCAUCUCUGUCAGCAGUAAAUCUUCAUUUCUCUCGUAGCCAUUAAUCACAACAAAAACAUUAAAGUGUCGUGGUUAGGAAUGGAAAAAUAAUAUUUCUGUUGUCAUAACUGACUCCAUUCUCCUUACUACGGUAACUGACCCAUUCAUGUAAAAAUACUGUGAGACUUUCCACAAGUAGACAAAAAACUUCAUGGUAGGAAACAUUUUUCAUAUUUGAAACAUCACAGUAUGAAUAAAGAAAUAUUACAUAUUGUAAAAAUUACAUACUUUUAUAUUUAGAAAUCAAAAUCUAUGGGUAAAAAAUUUAAAUACCAGCAUGAAACUUCGCCAAUCAAUGACUUAGAGUAAGACAGUUAUUUUUUGUUCUACAAGUUUUAUGACAUUGUUUGUCUAAAUAUUCAAAUAAAGUUUUAUCACUAUCAAAUGUCAAUAUCAAAUGCACUGACUUAUAUAAAUACCCAGUAGAUUUAAGUGUAGUAAAAUGAAAACCUAAAUGUGUAUUUUGCAGGAGCCUGUCCAAUUAUUGGAUCUGAUAUUCAGUAUUUUUGCAAAUAUGAUAUCUAUUUUUAAAAACAAACGAUUCCCAAUGAAAUAGAUUUUAAAAUGUAAGAUUUUAAAAGUGAUGCAGCUCCUUUUCUCUGUCUAGUGUCAUUUACAGCUACAGUAAUGAUUAAUUACAUCGACAAUUACACAAAUUCUCAAUAUUCUCAAUAUUUUUGAGAGAAAAACAUCUAAAUUCUCUGACUGCAGCUUCUUAAAUGUAUUUUUUUUCUCGUCUGUGACAGUAUAUCCUCUGUGAAUAUUUAUGGCUUGUGGACAGAAAAACAAACACUGAUAAUCAGUUUCACCAGCAAAUUAAUGCAGUAUAACAUUAUUAAUUUUACAUAAAGUCAGCGAGUGUUCCAGCAAACUAAUAAAGAAA